CCGCUCCGAGAGAGCGCGGCGUCACAGCGGCACGACGAGACGGAGCGGGUAGAGCGGCACGUAGCCGCGGUCCUCCGGAGCGGCGGCGCCGAGGAAGCGGAAGUAAUCAUCUGGGCGCCGGAAAUGGUGUUCGCCGCGGUGGUCGCGUGGGUUUAAGCCGGGCCUCGCCGUGAUCCCAGCUGUGCCGCCAUGACGCAGGCGGAGAUAAAGCUGUGCUCCCUGCUGCUGCGAGAGCAUUUCGGGGAGAUUGUGGAGAAGGUGGGGACAUACCUGGUGAGGACGGGCAGCCAGCCACUGCGGGCCAUCUGUGCUGACACCGGGCUGGCGUUGGACCAGGUGAGGAAGGCGCUGUGCGUCCUCAUCCAGCACAACCUGGCCGCCUACCAGCUGCAGAAGCGCGGCUGCGUGGAGUACGAGGCUCGGUGCCGCCGGGUGCUGCGCAUCCUGCGCUACCCGCGCUACAUCUACACAGCCAAGGCGCUGUACGGCGACACCGGGGAGCUGCUGGUGGAGGAGCUGCUCCUCAAUGGCAAAAUGACGCUGAGCGCCGUGGUGAGGAAGGUGGCGGAUCGGCUGACGGAGACCAUGGAAGAUGCUCCAGACCCGCCUGCACACCGACCUGUGCGACCUGCUGCAGGAACUGCUUUGGCAGGGGGUUGGACUCCGAGAUCUCUGCAGCUCCCUUCCAACCCCGGUGAUUCUGCGAUGCCACCGUGCAGAGCCUUACGUUAA